CUAUUACUCAAAUUUAAGAUAAUUUGGGAAACCAGAUCAAAAUACAACAACUCUUGCUAUAAUUUUGUUAUAAAUCUUAAUCAACCAAGCUAACCAUGUCGAACCGAACUUAAUUUUCUAUGCAGUUUGGCAUCUUUAUGGCAACCAAACUAACAGAAAACUAAAUUACCCGAAACAAACAAACCCUUCGAACAUAACCCAAAUACGUAACUAGUUCGUUACAUAGUUUACAAAAGUACGGAUCCUCUUAAAGUUAAAACGACCCAAAUCUCCACUAAGCUAACCUAUACAAAUAAAAAUUGGGCUUAAGGCCCAUAAGAAAGCCCAUUCUAUAUCAUCAUUUUUCCAUCAUCACUUCCAGAAUACGUUCAACACUCGUAACUGCCUCUCAGCGAAGCCAUUCCUUCUAGAAAUUCCACAAAUGCUGACGUCAUCUAUCUCCAUCAUCCGCCACUCUUCUCCUCUCCUCCUCCGUCGCACAUCAAUUCACCACGGCGGAUGCGGAGUUCAACUCGGAAUCCGCCGCAGCUUCCACCUCCUCACACUCUCAUCUCGCCGAGACAACAACCCCGAUGUCUCCAGAAAACCGCAGCCGAGCAAAAACAUGCUCAGAGCCAAGCACAUCGCCAAAGACUACUCCUCCUCCUCCUUAGCUCCGGUUCUCUCCCCCGACCACAAGCCUCCCCUCUUACCCUCCCAAGCCAUCGGCACCGUCGCCACCGCUCAGGCGAACUUCAUGCGCGUCGUCGUCCAAGACGAUGGUGACGUAAGUGAAGACGAUCGUAACGGUGUUGAGUUGCUUUGUGUGGUGAGAGCAGUGCUGAAGAAGAUACGGAGGAGAGUUCUGGUUGGGGAUAAGGUUCUCGUUGGAUCAAUCGAUUGGGUUGAUAAGAGAGGGAUGAUUGAGAAUGUGUUUCAGCGUCGUUCGGAGAUUCUUGAUCCUCCCGUGGCGAAUGUUGAUCACUUGCUUGUUCUUUUCUCGCUUGAUCAGCCGAAGUUGGAGCCGUUUACGUUGACUAGGUUCUUGGUGGAGGCUGAGUCCACUGGGAUUCCACUCACACUUGCUUUGAACAAAUGUGAACUUAUUAGUGAAGAGGAAAUGGAAGCUUGGAAGAAGAGACUGCGUGGGUGGAACUAUGAACCGUUUUUUUGUAGUGUGGGAACUAAAGAGGGGCUUGAUGCGAUUGGUUUUGUUUUGAGGGAUCAGACUUCUGUGAUUGUUGGACCUAGUGGUGUUGGGAAGUCGAGUUUGAUCAAUGUACUGAGGAGUAACUCUGGUGGUGGAGUUGAAGAUGAGAAUUGGUUUGAGCCUAUAAUAGGUAAUAAGUGGUUUGAAGAUCAGAGAGUUGGUGAAGUUUCAACUAGAAGUGGUAGAGGCAAGCAUACAACUAGGAAUGUAUCGCUGCUGCCGAUUACUGAAGGUGGUUAUCUAGCUGAUACUCCUGGGUUUAACCAGCCUAGUUUACUGAAAGUAACCAAGCAUUCACUUGCCUUGUGUUUCCCUGAGAUAAGGAAAAUGAUAGAGGAAGAGAAAUGUGGAUUCAAAGAUUGCUUGCAUAUUGGGGAACCAGGAUGUGUUGUGAAAGGAGAAUGGGAAAGGUAUCCUUACUACUUACAACUCCUUGAUGAGAUCAGAGUCAGAGAGGAGUUUCAACUUAGGACUUUUGGAACCAAGCGGGAAGGCGAUGUUAGGUACAAAGUGGGAGGGAUGGGUGUGAAACAAGCUGAACCAAGGCUACAGCCGAAGAAGCAUAGGAGAGAGUCGAGGAAGAAGGUUAAACAGACGAUGAUCAGUGAGCUAGACGAGUACGAAGAGGAAGAGAGCGACUUGGACAUUGAGGACGACCCGAUUGUUCUAGCGAUUGAGAACGAGAAAGAGAGAUGACGUGAAGAUCCAACAAACCAAUGUCUAUUUUCCACGAACAAGUUGUUUGUAUAAAGAACGAAAGAAACGAGUAAAUGAGUCUCUUGGUAAAAUUUAGAAGUUAAAGAAGAGCUUUGAAGAACCAAAUAUAUUUUACUGUUUGUUCAGUCACC